UGCUCUAAGUUGGAUGAUUUGAGAGCAAAACCCAGCUUAAACCCACCGAGUUCCUUCUUCACCGGAAAGAGCUCAGCCACAGUUUUUAGCAUUAGUAACUGAUCAAUUCAUCGAGAGAUUCGAGUUUCCCCUGUGUGCUUGCAGCUUAUCUCUAAAGUUGUGGCGACUACAUUGUAAUGAACUGCUUGUCUCAUGCGCGUUCAUACAUUUCCUUUGGGAUACUUAAGAGAUCUACCUCUGUCACUUCUCAAAUUCCAUGGAACCAAUGCUUCUUCUAUACGCCUUCACAAUCCUGUUUAAAGCCUGCCUUUGGACUAUCUAAAGUUCAUUUCUUUUCCUCGAGAUCAAAGUCUGGUAAAUCCAAGAUGACUUCCUCAACCGUUGUUUCUGUUGCGGAUAAAGAAAAGGACGCGUUUUUCGUUGUUAGGAAGGGUGAUGUUAUUGGAAUCUAUAAGGAUUUGAGUGAUUGUCAAGCUCAAGUUGGAUCAUCUGUGUUUGAUCCUCCGGUUAGUGUUUAUAAAGGAUACUCGUUGCCUAAAGAUGCAGAGGAGUAUCUUUCUUCUGUUGGGCUGAAGAAACCACUCUACAGUAUUAGAGCUUCAGACUUGAAAGAUGAUAUCUUUGGUGCCCUCACUCCAUGUCUUUUCCAGGAGCCUAAUGUCAAAGUGUCUGAAGAAAAAGAUACCUCAGAGAUGAAGUCGAAAGAUAGAAUUCAAGACAACGAAAUAGAUCAACUUCCCUCAGCUUCUAUGUCAGUUGAUCCUUUGGAAAAGCUUGCUAGUAUUUCCCCAGAAGAUCAGCUUCCAUCAGCUACUAUGUCAGUUGAUUCUUUGGAUAAGGUUGCUAGUAUUUCCCCAGAAGAAACUUGCUUUAUUGAGUUUGAUGGUGCAUCAAAGGGAAAUCCCGGUCUCUCUGGCGCAGCAGCGGUACUUAAAACUGAGGACGGAAGAUUGAUUUGUAGACUGCGUCAAGGUUUAGGAAUUGCCACAAACAAUGCAGCAGAAUACCGUGCGUUAAUCCUAGGAUUGAAGUAUGCUGUUGAGAAAGGUUACAAGAAAAUUAAAGUGAAAGGUGACUCCAAGCUGGUUUGUAUGCAGAUCAAAGGUCAAUGGAAGGUAAACCAUGAGGUACUCGCGAAGCUCCACAAGGAAGCAAAACAACUUUGCGAUAAAUGUGUCUCUUUCGAGAUCAGUCAUGUACUAAGGAAUUUAAACGCUGAUGCGGAUGAACAAGCAAACUUGGCUGUCCGCCUUCCCGAAGGAGAAGUUGAAGUGGCGUGAAGAGCUUAUAUACUUAUCAGUAAACGAAUAUACAAGGGUUUUAGUUACACUAGCCACUAGAAACUGGUGUUGAACCAGAAUGAGCACAUAAGAGAGGUCUAUGCAAACAGUGUCGGAGCACCCAGAGAACAGCAGAAACUGACACAUCCAUCAUUUUGUAUACUCUUUUUCUUGAGUAGAUGAUUUUUUGCCAUCGUUCUAACUUUUUUUCUUAAGCUUUGCUCCCUCAUUCUUACAAAUAUAAGCACUAGCACAGUUCUUCUA